CAGAAUCUGGCGAGGCAAGGUGCACAGACUAAAUUAGCAUUAGCUUGUUUCUUGAUAAGCGUGGACAGAAGCUGCAAACUCCUUAUGCAAGUGAGAAACAAUAAAGAUAAGAUACCGUUCGAUCUUCUGGAAGACAAGCAACAAAUUGCUCUACUCGCUUAUUUUCUAGGAUUUUACAAAGACCCAAGUUACAGCAAGCAAUUAGGAAUAGAGAAUAGUCUAUCGAUUGGUUACGUAGAGCCAUCUACGUAUCAGAUAGAUAAUAUAUCGGAAUCAGAAGGAUUGCACGGCGCGAAGAAAAAUGUAGACUCCGAUGAUGUUGCGGAAUAUCGGGAUUGCUCUGGGAUUGUAGCGGACACAAAGCAGGAGGAUCAAAUUGAUCCCAGCAAUAGUACCACACUCGUUGGUUGCGGCCAUACCGUUAUCGACACGCAAACGGUUCAAGAUGGUCAACUGACGGCAGACGAGAUCUCCAAUCCGGAUAAAUCGAAGGAUAUAUUGUUGAAGGGCAAAUGGAAGAAGAAGAUCAGUGACAGUGAGAAAGAGAAGAACGAAGAUAUAGAGCCACUUACGCUCCAGAUGUUACGUUAUUUAGGAACUAAAAUCACGGAUUUUGAGAAAGAGAUUAUAUGCAACAUCUGCGUGGAACGUCGUCGUAUCGUUGUCUUUCUAUGCGGACAUGGCGCGUGCGAGCACUGCACCGCUUUGCUAAAGAUCUGUCACAUAUGUCACAAGACGAUCACAAAAAAGAUCAAUUUGUAUUAGACUAUCCGAUCAAUGAUCACACUGGAACGUUAAUUACUACGCGGUGCGCGCGUGUAUACCCGAGGAAUAGAAGUCAAAAUAAUAUCAAAAUGAUGUCAAAGUAUAAUCAAAUUUUAG